AUGGCUAAUGGCAUUGAAGAUCUUAUCGGGAUCCCAUUCCCAAACCACAGCAGUGAAGUCUUGUGUGGUCUGAACGAGCAGCGGCACGAUGGUCUCCUCUGCGACGUCAUCCUCAUCGUGCAGGACCAGGAGUACCGGACCCAUCGGUCGGUCCUGGCCGCCUGCAGCAAGUACUUCAAAAAACUCUUCACCACAGGCACUUUAACAGACCAGCCCUAUGUUUAUGAGAUUGAUUUUGUCAAGCCUGAAGCACUUUCUGCCAUCCUGGAGUUUGCCUACACCUCAACCCUCACCAUCACCACCUCCAACAUCAAGCACAUCCUCAGCGCCGCCAAGAUGCUGGAGAUCCAGUGCAUCAUCAACGUCUGCCUGGAAAUCAUGGAGCCUGGCAGAGAGGCAGAGGAGGAAGAUGACAAAGAGGAUGAAGACGAUGACGAAGAUGAAGACGAGGAGGAGGAGGAAGAGGAGGAAGAAGAAGUAGAAGAUUUUGCCAAUCAGGAGAACCUAACUGAUGUCCAAGAAGUCAGCUGCCACCAAAGCCCUUCUAAGUCUGAUCUUACCAAAGAAGCAUAUACAGAAGCACCUAAAGACUUUCCAAAUCACUACCAGGCCAGUAACACCUCUGGACACUUGGGUGUCAUACGAGACUUCUCCAUUGAGUCCUUGCUAAGGGAAAACUUGUACCUGAAGGCCAACAUCCCAGAAAGGAUGCCACCUCUCUCUCCUUUCACCCCUAGCUUCUUCCCCCAUCUCUGGAACGGUGAUUUUAGCUCUUUCUCCCAGCUCGAGCAGCCACCAGUAGACAAUGGGCCCUUGGAUCUGGUGAUCAGAAAGAGGAAGAUCAAGGAAGAGGAGGAGAAGGAAGACCUACCUCCGCCUCCUUUCCCUAAUGGCUUCUUCAAGGACAUGUUUACCAACACCCCAGCAGCUCCCUUGGGGCACAUCAAGGCAGAGACUGACUACAGUGCUUAUCUCAACUUCCUGAGCACAACCCAGUUUGGAGAAGUUUUUCCUCCAUGGCCCUUGGAGGAAGAGAGGAAGAUGAAGCCCAAGGCAUCCCAACAAUGUCCCAUCUGUAACAAAAUCAUAAUGGGAGCUGGCAAGCUGCCCAGGCACAUGAGGACCCACACGGGAGAGAAGCCCUAUAUGUGCAAUAUCUGUGAAGUCCAGUUCACCAGGCAGGACAAGCUGAAGAUCCACAUGCGGAAGCACACGGGGGAGCGGCCCUACCUGUGCAUCCACUGCAACGCCAAAUUUGUCCACAACUACGACCUGAAGAACCACAUGCGCAUCCACACGGGGGUCCGGCCCUACCAGUGCGAGUUCUGCUACAAGAGCUUCACCCGCUCCGACCACCUGGAC